GGCUCUCUCGUCCUGUCAGUCAGGUUUCUCUCCGGGGUCCAGUAAAGCGACAGCAGUCGGGUCCACGUUGACAGUUGUAGUAAACUCAGGUGAGUUUGUGGAGCCGUCGCUGCGUUUCCUGGUUAUUCUGUGACCUCAGGGACGCCUCCAUAGAUUAGUAGAAUGAGUGUGGGGUUCAUAGGAGCAGGCCAGCUGGCCCACGCUCUGGUGAGAGGCUUCGCAGCUGCAGGCGUGAUUGCCACCCACAGAAUCACAGCCAGCUCCCCAGACACAGAUCUCCCCACAGUGCAGGGACUGAGGAAACUGGGUGUGAAUUUCACCACCAGCAACAAAGAGACGGUGAAAAAUUGCGACGUACUCUUCCUGGCCGUUAAGCCCCACAUCAUUCCGUUUGUUCUGGAUGAGAUCGGACCGGACAUCGAAGAUCGUCACCUUAUUGUGUCGUGUGCGGCGGGUGUCACCAUCAGCUCCAUAGAGAAGAAGCUGCUGCAGUAUCGCCCUGCUCCGAAGGUGAUGCGUUGCAUGACCAACACUCCAGUGGUGGUGCGUGAAGGAGCCACUGUGUACGCCACGGGCACCCAUGCAGAGGUGGAGGAUGGGAAGCUUCUGGAGCAGCUGAUGGCCAGUGUAGGAUACUGCACUGAGGUGGAAGAGGAUCUGAUUGACGCUGUAACGGGUCUCAGUGGCAGUGGCCCUGCUUACGCUUUCACAGCGGUGGAUGCUCUAGCUGAUGGUGGAGUGAAAAUGGGCCUCCCCAGGAGACUGGCUGUACGCCUCGGAGCCCAGGCCAUGCUGGGGGCAGCUCGAAUGCUGUUGGACUCAGACGAGCACCCUGGGCAGCUCAAGGACAAUGUGUGUUCACCAGGGGGCGCCACCAUCCAUGCCCUGCAUGUUAUGGAGAGUGGUGGAUUCCGCAGCCUCCUGAUUAAUGCUGUGGAGGCCUCCUGUGUUAGGACUCGGAAACUUCAGUUAUUGGCUGACCAGGAGAAUAUCUCUCCAGCUGCCAUAAAGAAAACAACUCUGGACAAAGUGCUUCAGCAGCCCGGAGUGAACGUAGAAGCUGCAGGAAUCAAACCCCGUGCGAUCAGUUUCUUUAACAGCAGUAACCCCAGGAUCAAGAAGAACUGAAUCCGCAGCAUUUCAUUUGAUUUGUCACAUCACUGACAAUCCAGGAUAAGCUGUCAGUAAAUGCUGUUAAUACACCAUCACUGGCAGAUGGUCUCUGAAACAUAAGCUAAACUAAUGAAAUGUUGUCUAGAUAAAAAAAAUCAUCUGAAUUUGUGAUGAUACCUGAUGCAUGUUUAUAUUUUUGUAAUGAAAUGCAUUUCCUUUGUAAUGUUUUGUAUUGUUCAUUGAUUCCCUCCCCAUUUAAGGUUCAGUUCCUGUGAUAUCAAAUUACUUCCCUUGGUGAGUUAAUGGACUUUGAGAUAUAUUAUAUUUCAAUAUCUGUUUACUAGUUAGGGCAAGGUCACACAUACGUGAAUGCGAAGCAAGUAUCGCAGGUCAUGUUGACUAGAGUUGAACUCCACGCCAAGCCACACCGAGGAUUUACUUUGCCACAGGAAGCAGAUGUGUUAUUCACCUCCUCGUAUGCACAGAUUGGAAGUGAAGGAUCCCCACUGCUUCAUCUGUGUAUGUGUCACCGCGGCCGUAACCAUGCAGUCCUUGUUAGGCAGUUAAGCGUUUGUUGCUGUGUCCCACCCAAUAUGUUACAUGAUGGUUGGGACAUGUUGUUUUCAUUUUGGGGUUUAUGCCUCAUUCUGUUUGUGAACAUCACAACUAAGAAACAACACAUUCUAUAAAUCUCAUACUUCCACUGCAUCUUACCUCUGAUGAUACUUUUGAUUAUCUUGUAAAUCAAAUUCACGAGAAAUUGCUUCAACUCCUUAGCUAUUAAAAAUCAAAUCAAUUAAAAAGUUUAAGGUGAUACCGAAAUAUGCAGUAGGCCUAUACAAAGCCAUACAUAUUGGUAUAAAACAAAGUAUGAUAAUUAUGAGCUCAUUGACUUGAUCAGGAGAAAACAGAUUUUUGAUUUGCAGUAGAAACUUUAUACUGACACCAAUGUACCUCAUAUUAUUGAUUUUGGUGUGGACCGCUGCAUGCAUGUGCAUAUAUUCAGGUAUAACAGUUGGUAGAUCAUGGUGGGACAUUAGCUAAUUAAAGUGCCUCUGUUGUGGAGGUGUGUUUUUAUGUAUUUUCAAAAUUAUGCUAUAUCAAAAUAGAUUAUGAAAUGCUACUUAAAUAUUUUAUAAACAAAAUGUGAACCGUUACAUUUUAUGAUGUAAUGAAGCUGGGUGUUUUCAUAUUUACUUUUAUUAAUAAAUAUGAAAAAGAAAA